CAUCUUCCUCCUUUAUCCUUCCUGAAACAUCCAAUCCGGCAGCAUGCCUCUGCCUGUACGCCCUCCUAGCUGUCUGCUGGGUCAGACUCGGGCCGCGGUUUUCCCCAGGGCUGCUUCCUCUGCUAUUCCCGCAACAUGGCAAGCUGCCCGUGCCAUGGCCACGGCUCGACUCCGCCCUAAGUCCCGUAUGACUUUAUCCAAAAAUGUCGGCAAACAAUCCUUAGAUCGGCCUCGAAGAGAUAAAGAUCGAUUUGGACCAUUUGCCGGAAUGAAUCAGACAGAAGCUCGGAUUCGAGGGGCUCCGCGGACGAGAUCCCAGGCGGCUCUCAAGCGUUCGGGUGACGCUGACGAAAGUUCAAACAAGAAGGAAAGUCCUUUGUACAAGGCAUUGAAGAUGCAGACUACAUUGGCUCCUGUCCCUUAUGGCCGACGGACAGCAAUCAAGGCCAAGAUUGCCGACAUCACCAGUUUCGAUCAAUUCCCGCUGCUGCCCACCGUGCGGCAUUCCAUCCUCUCCCAAGCCCUCCCCGGAUUGAUCGAUGUCACACCAACUCCCAUUCAGCGUCUCGCAAUUCCGAAACUCCUAGAAGCCCCUCAACCCAAAAACAAGAGAAAGGAUGUGGAUGAGCCAAACUACGAUCAAUACCUUCUUGCAGCAGAAACGGGAUCCGGAAAGACCCUCGCGUAUCUGAUUCCGUUGGUUGACGCCAUUAAGCAUGCAGAGGCAGCAGAUAAAGAGGAGGAGAAGAGAUUAGAAGAAGAAAAGGCCAAGGAACGGGAGGAACAGCAGAAGAAUCAGGCAUUCGAUAUCGAGCCAGAACUCCCACCUUUAUCCAACGCAGGUCGACCCAGAGUGAUCAUCUUGGUACCGACGGCCGAGUUGGUGGCACAAGUGGGAGUCAAGGUGAAGGCUUUGUCGCACACAGUCAAGUAUCGCUCCGGAAUGAUUUCGUCGAACCUUACACCUCGCCGGAUCAAGAGCAUCCUUUUCAACGAGAACGGAAUUGACAUCCUGGUUUCGACCCCACAUCUGCUAGCAUCUAUUGCAAAGACUGAGCCGUAUGUGCUCAGUCGAGUCAGCCAUCUGGUCCUUGAUGAGGCCGACUCCCUCAUGGACCGCUCGUUCUCGCCUACCACCACGGAAAUCAUCGACAAAGCGGCUCCAUCGCUACAAAAGCUGAUCUUCUGCUCAGCCACCAUCCCCCGCAGUCUGGACUCCGUUCUCCGCAAGCGCUACCCUGAUGUUCAACGCUUGACGACGCCCAAUCUACAUGCAAUUCCCCGUCGCGUCCAACUGGGCGUGGUUGAUAUCGAAAAGGACCCGUACCGUGGAAACCGAAGUCUGGCCUGUGCCGAUGUCAUCUGGUCGAUCGGCAAAGCUGGGGACACUGAACCUUCAGGCCCAUUUGGCUCCUUCGGCGAGUCCAAGGUUAAGAAGAUCCUUGUUUUCGUCAACGAGCGCGAGGAGGCAGAUGAAGUGGCUCAGUUCCUCAAGGCCAAGGGAAUCGAUGCGACUUCCCUGUCUAGAGAUUCGAGCGCCCGCCAACAGGAGGAGAUCCUAGCCGAAUUCACCGAAUCACCACCCCCACCCACUCCAGAUGACAUCAUGCUAGCUAAGAAGAAUCGUCAAGAGGACGCCAUACCGUUCGAGAGCCCCAAGGCUACUCGUGGUUCUGAGCGACACCUACCCAACACCAAGGUGCUGGUCGUCACGGACCUGGCGUCUCGUGGAAUCGAUACCCUGGCAGUCAAGACAGUCAUUCUAUACCAUGUUCCGCAUACAACCAUCGACUUCAUCCACCGUCUAGGUCGUCUAGGCCGAAUGAACAAACGAGGUCGCGGUGUCGUGUUAGUUGGCAAGAAGGACCGGAAGGAUGUGGUCAAGGAAGUUCGUGAGGGCAUGUUCCGAGGCCAGGCCUUGAUCUAAUGGCCUUGACCUGUAUAAUUAUAUUUUGAAACAUAAACGGCGUUGGUGUUGGGUUAACAUAAUGGGCAUGGAUAGUCAAUACCCGCGUACAGCAUUAUCAUGUAUGUAUAUGUAUAGUAGCAUAAACACGAAUCAACUCAUUCCAUUCAUUUUC